AUGAAGACCUCCAUAGCGCCAUCUCAGGCUUCAACACAAGAGGAGUGUGGGGUUUGGCUGGACACUGUAGACCUCAAAGAAAAGGCAAAACAGGUAACGUUACUGUGCUUUUGAAAACUUCUGACUCAUUGGUUCUGACCCAGCCAAAGCGCUCAACGUUUAUGUUAUGUCAUGGAAACAAGAUAGUCCACUACUAUGAUUCUUUAUCAUAAUAUACUAUAUGUUUUCCUUGCUCUGAACUUGUGGAGACAAUGACUGAAUACAUUCCCCAAUUGUCAUUUAAAAAACCGUUCAUUUCACAUUCCAGAGAAAGCCAUUGCGACCCAUCUCAAAACAACUGAAUCCUCUGGCCCGGUCAGGAGGUUACAGCUUAGCAGUGGCGCUGAAUUUUACACAGACCAAAAUCCAGAUUCCUGUCACCAAACAGAGCUCUAUAUCCUCAUUCUUUACCCCACAGCGCAAAGGUAAGCUCAGGUGCAGAGGAAGUGCUGCUUCGGUAUUAGGCUGUACUUCAACAAAUGGGGUCAUGUCAUCAAUUGUUAUUUACAGUAAUUAAUGUAUUGUUACAGUGUAAUAUGCCAAAAGGCUCCCCAUGUCACACUCUCUUACAGUGGCCCAAAAUGCACCUGCGUCUCCAGAGCCAAGGACACCUUCCACCUCCACCAGAUGUGCCUCGACUUCACUCAGACGUGUUAACAUUGGGAGUGGAACUAAACGGAAACGUGCAGUGGGUUUAGAGUCAGGGGCACAGAGUACAGGAGCUCAACCCACCACCCUACAGAUGAGCCCGGAGGGAGAGAAUGUAGCAGGCUGUGAGUGGGACAGGCAAAGCUUCAGGGAAAGAGCAUAUUGGGAGGCCCAUAUGCCCCAUCUUAACAUGGACCAUCAGUCUGAGGAGAUGGAGGAACCAGACAAAAAGAGAAGGCUCUCUGGGAAUUCCUCUCCCCCAGUAGAGACUGAUACUCAUGGGGAGGAGUGCAGUCAGGACCCAUGGAGUGCCUGUAGCAGCCCACAGUUUAGUCAAGAUCUAACUGAGCCAUAUUCUGAGGGGCAGUGUGUUCUGACACACCAGGAACUCCUUGUUGGAGUAAGGCAGGCCAGUGACUCAGGCACUGCUUUCCCGGAGAGCCUGCAGAGUGAGGGUGGAUUCAGUGCUUGGCUGGGUGUGCAGGAUAGAACCUCCACCCAGAAAAGGGCUGUCCCGUCUCAUUUGAUAUCACAGCAGGUAGAAGGGAAAGAGAACGACUUAUCACGAUCAAUGUCUUCACCAUCCCCAAACAAGAUGUCUCCUCCUCUCAGCCCUGUUCCCACUCACAGAUGGACGGAACCACAUCUUCCAUCACCACAGAAACAUGUUCUAAAACAGUCCAUGAAACGUGUUCUAGAACAACCAUUGAGAGAGUGUGAGGGAGACGCUCUUGCCAUGCUGUUCACGCAGGACUCUGAGGGCUUCAGGGUGAUUGCACACCGUGCUCUGGUAUCAAGAAGCCCACUAAAGGACCAGACUAAUGUAUUAGCUAGUGGUAGAGACAGUAUAUUUGCUGCUGAUAAAACCCUGCAGGAAGAGGAAGGAGAUGAGGAGAUGCUCUUCACCCAAGACUCUCAGGGAAACAUGGUUAUCAAACACUGA